AGUAUAGAAAAUAUACUGCGAAAGGAAAUAAGACAGAGGAAGAAAAGAGUAGUAGGGAGAGUGCAUCUAGAGUCAUCAGUAAAGUAUUAGAAGAAGAAGAUAAGAUCUUUGGAGUGAGUUCAGUUAGAGCUAAAGAGAUUAAGAGAGUUAGAUAUAGUAAAACUAGUUCAUAUAGAGGAGAAAAGACUAGAUGUCUUAUUGGAGAUAAGUCUGGUCUUUCUUGUACUAAAGAUCAUGUUAUAGAGAUCAAUCUAGAAAGAUGUGAGUUGGUAAGGAUAUUAGACAAAAGGAAUUGGAAAUCAUCAAAAAGAGUAAAGAUUUAUAGACUUUUAGUAGAUACAGAGAAAGGUUUAGUAGAGAUUCCAGAAGACAAGCUCUUGAAAAAAGAUUCAAAGUUUAUCAUAGGCCUUUUUACUAGCACAAAAUUAGUUAGAAAAGAUAAAUUAUGUAUACUCACCUUUUGGGCUAAUAUACUAAGUCUUAAUACACAGUUGGGAGUACAAAGCUCAGCUGUUAUUAAUUCUUCUGGAAUAGACAUUAGCACUUUGGUAACUAAUGUUUUUAGAGGCACUGAA